AUGUUUCCAAAAAACAAUUGCGCUUAUGUUACAGCUAAACAAAUGUAUCAUUUACAAGUCGGGCUAAAAUAUCAAGCGUCCAAUUCAAUUUAUGAUGGAAGAAGAUUGUAUGAAACGUCUCUGGCCAAUUUAAGGAACUGGCACAUAAAGGGUGACAUCUCUCGAUUUCGAGGUUGGGAGCUACUACCUUAUACACAUGGGAAUUUAACGAAUGCAGAAAGAUUGAAAAUAGUUAAAUAUUAUGAUGACCCUCCAGGUGUCGAUGGUAGACCAGUAUUAUUGCAAUCUAAUUUGAGAUACGACAUCAAACAAAAAGUCCGAAUCGGUUGGAAGUUAUACCACUUCAAUUCAUUCGUUAGUGACCUCAUACCUGUCAAUCGGUCAUUACCGGAUUGGAGAGAUACAUGGUGCAGAAACCAAAAUUACUCUUCAGAUUUGCCGUCUGCAACAGUCAUUAUAUGUUUUUACAAUGAAGCGUGGUCUGCCUUAAUCAGAACAAUUACUUCAGUACUUAACAGAACACCGCCGCACCUUUUGGAUAAUAUUAUUUUAGUUGACGACGCUUCUACCUUCAAUCACCUGCAUAAACAAUUAGAUGAUUAUGUGAACUCAACAUCGAAAGUUAUCCUCAAACGUUCAUCACAUCGUAUAGGUAUCGCUCGGGCGAGGAUGUUACCUGUUCAAGAAGUUCAAUCACCAGUGCUUGUAUACCUUGAUAGCCAUUGUGAAUGUUCUGAAGGUUGGUUAGAGCCAUUACUACAGCGUAUCAAAGAGAACCCUAGUACCGUUGUCAGCCCAAGCGUAGAUAACAUACAUGACAAUACCUUUCAGUAUAUCCCUCAGGAAGUCAAUAAUCUUCAGAUGGGUGGUUUUACCUGGGACUUAAAGUUUGCUUGGAUAGGAAUCCCUCAAACAAUUUUGGAAUCUCGCGAAGAACCAUUAGCACCAAUAACAACAGCGACUAUAUCUGGUGGACUUUUGGCUGUUAGCAAAGACUUCUUCGUGAAACAAGGAAUGUACGAUACAGGAAUGAAUAUAUGGGGUGCUGAGAAUUUAGAAUUAUCUUUCAAAACUUGGAUGUGCGGUGGUUCAAUGGAAAUAGUUCCUUGUUCUCAUGUUGGCCACGUCUUUAAAAUGAAGUCACCAUACAAGGAUGAUGAUAAGAUCCUAAAGAAAAACUUUGUAAGGCUAGCAAAGGUGUGGCUCGAUGAUUACGCUAAAUAUUUUUACGAGAGAAUAGGAAAUGAUAUCGGUGAAUACGGUAAUAUUACUGAAAGGAUUAAGCUACGAAAAAAACUUAAUUGUCAUUCAUUCCAAUGGUAUUUAGAAAAUGUGACACCCCAUCAAGUUAUACCAGACACUUACGUAGCUAGUGGCCCCAUAUCUAGCAUACUAAAGGAAGAUUUAUGUUUAGACGCACCCGUACCCUUCCCGAAGUUUGAUGCAAUAGAUUUGUAUCCAUGUCACGGUAAAGGUGGCAAUCAGUAUUGGUCCUACACUAGUAUUGGUGAAUUACGUCGAGACGACCUAUGCAUAGACUAUUUGUAUGAUUCAAUGACGUUAUUUUUUUGCAAUCAUGCCGCUUCACAGCUCUGGUUAUAUUUUGAGCAGGACCAAAUAAUAGUACAUAACUUAACUCUUAAAUGCUUAAACAUAGCUCAACAUUAUGAUGGUUACAAGCCUCUGUUGACACGAUGCAACAGAACUACUGCGCAGAAAUGGAAAAUUACCAAUUUUAGGAUUGAAAAUUUCACGCCGGAAUUGCAAGCAACGAUGAACCUAUAUAAAAAUUUAUACGAACAACACAAUAAUAAAUUAAAGAAAAAUCGGACACUUGGUCACGGGAUGAAUUUAACAAUAACUACGUCAAAAAUAAAUACAUUGUCAUUUGAUAUGAAAAGGGAAGGGUUUGACAAUACAAUGGUCGGUAGUAAGAGAAUUGUGCACGCACAGUAA